AUGGUGUCGAAUGGAGCUGAUUCAAAAGCUGAAUCGAUCAGCAAGGAGACUAAGUCACGUCCACAACAACCGUCACGAAUGCCCUACUUCAAAAGGAUUUCGCUUCGUAAAAAGUUGAAUCCGCUUGCGAUUGGUUUGAAAAGUCGAAUGGACGAUGAAGAUGCGAUCGAUUUUUAUCGAGAAAUUCUGCUUAGAGGAGAGGAUAUCAAGAAACCGGAUGAGACACAAGAAUUUGAAGUUGAUAUCGAAACGUUACCAGCGAUAGAAUCCGAUGAAGUGGUGGCUGAUAAUCCAGCAAUUGUCAUUGCUUGUGCAUUGAAUGUGAUCCAACCGAGGCCAACCGAACUGAACGAUGAAAGCGGCGAGAAAGAAGAGAUUGGCUUAGAGCGCAUACACAAUUUAGCCUCAAAAGAAAAUGAUCUGCGAAGGCAAUCGCUCAGAAAAGUUUUCAACAUCAUUUCAUCGCAAUACACCGCUGAACUAGCCACCGAGCACGUGAUGGGUGGUGCGUCGAUCCAGUACAACACUCUGAUGAAGAAUUCGUAUCGCUUACGAGAUUCGCUGCCAAUAUUCUCGAAGACGAGGUGCGAUGCAGCCAAAUGGACGCAUAAGAUACUCAUUGAGUGCUUACCCGUGCCUAUGCUUGCCACCUACAUUAGUCUUUUACGAUUUUGUAAAACAUCGAGUCGACCAUUGGUGGAUUUGUUGGUGGGUGAAGAAACAGACGAUGAGCAACUGAAGACGUUGAAUAGUAAACUAACGGAUUUCAUUUUCGACAGAGUCACCGACCCACAAACAGCGUCCAUUUCACGAACGCUUAAUGUAAGUUCAACGAGAUGUUCAACGAAUUAA